UUUUUUUUUUUUAAGGAUACCCAAUUAAAAUGACAGAAGUGAUUCAAGCGAUAUUUAUACGGGAAACUGAAACACGACAACAACCAAAACCACAUACAGUAUACAAAGUAGAUGUUCAUGCAGCUGUACGCAACUGGAAAGUUUGGAAACGAUAUUCUGAAUUCAAAAAACUCCAUGAUCAAUUAUGUACCAUAUACCCGAAACAUACUCCACCUGUUGCUUUCCCCAGCAAAUCUCUAUUUCCAUCUACUUUUGGUGAUCCACAAAAAACCGAAGAACGACGACGAGGACUAGAAGAUUAUGUACGUGGGAUACUAAGUGAUCGAGAUGACCGAUGGCGACAAACUGAAGUAUGGCGAAACUUCCUUGCCAUUCCAACUGGACGACCACUUGAUAUGGCUUCUUCUUAUACUUCAGAAAGUUGGUUGGAUGAAUAUCAAGAAAUGACUCAAGCUGCUCGGGAAACAAGAUCUCUCAUGAACAAACGUGCUACUCAUAUUGCUCGUAAUGAAAUCUCAGCUUCUCAUAACUGUACCAUGCAAGCAAAAAAGUUAUUAUUGACAUUGGCUUCUCGUUUAGCAAGUCUGGAAUCUGGUUUACAAGCUUUAGCUCAAGGUGGUGGUGUUCAUACUGGACAAUAUAUGUCUGAAGGGGAACUUCGUCGACGACAAGAUAUGUUGAAUACUCUUAAAGAAGAAAAGGAAGCUUUAUUGAAAUUGGUUAGUACUGGACGACAAGAUCAUGAUUUACUUUAUACCAACAACAAUAACAACAAUAAUAAUCAUCAUUCAACAACAUCAUCCAGAUCAUCAUCACCCACUGUCACUGAUACUACGAAUUACAAUACAAAUGGAAAAGGAAUGAUGGACCGAAAAGCUUUAUUGGGUGAUAACAAUAAUAUGGUACAACGCAAUAGUACAGGUACUCGAGCAUUUGGGGCGGCAUUCAAACAAAACCAAUUGGCAAAGGAAACCGAGGUGACACGAGGAUUGGAUAAUGAAGGAAUUGUGAAGUAUCAACAACAAUUGAUGGAAGAUCAAGAUCAACAAGUGGAACAAUUCAGUGCUAUCUUGAAUAGACAGAAACAGGUUGGAUAUGCCAUUGGGGACGAAUUGGAAACUCAAAAUCAAUUAUUGGAUGAAUUAGAUAGGGAUGUUGGUAGAACACAGACGAAGUUGAAGUUUGCAAACAAAAAAUUAGGGAAAAUUAAAUAAAUAAAGAAGGUUUUUUUUUAUUAUUAUUAUUA